ACAUAUCUGUUCCUAACUUGGGAAUAUGCAGGGAAUUAUACAGUAUUCUGUUUUAUCAGCUGUAUUUGAGGAAGCAGCUGGAUCCACGAAAAGAUUGAUGGGACUAUUGCUCAUCCCUGUACACUGUUCACUUUUCUUCUGGUCUGUUGUGGAUGUUUCCACAGGAUGAAGGCAUCAGCUAUACUGCAAAAAUAUGGAUCCUUUGAAGGAGUGGAGCAGGAGACAGAAGAGUCAGAUGAGAAAGAUGUAACUGAACUAGACUUUUUACCAAGAGAACUAGAAAGAAAAGACAAUGCCUUGGACACCAUAGACCAGGAUACAGUGGGGUGUGAAGAGAAGAAAAGAAGAAUUCAAGAUCCUAACAUAUCCAUGAAAAAGAAAAGAAAGAGAAAGAGAUGACCUGUGAUAAGUCUGACCAACUGCAAGUAUGAUAGUGUGCGUCGGGCUGCUAAGCAGUAUGGCUUACGGGAAGCAGGUGAGAAUGAUGAGUGGACCCUCUAUUGGACAGACUAUUCAGUCUCACUGGAUCGGGUAAUGGAAAUGAAAAGUUAUCAGAAAAUCAACCACUUCCCUGGGAUGAGUGAAAUAUGUAGGAAGGAUCUGCUGGCCAGGAACAUGAGCAGGAUGCUAAAGCUCUUUCCUAAAGAAUUUAACUUCUUUCCCAGGACCUGGUGUCUUCCUGCUGACUAUGGGGAUUUGCAGACCUAUAGCAGAUCAAGGAAACAUAAGACAUACAUCUGUAAGCCCGACUCUGGCUGUCAGGGGAGAGGCAUCUUCAUCACCAGAUCUUUGAAAGACAUAAAACCUGGAGAGGAUAUGAUCUGCCAGCUCUACAUCUCAAGGCCUUUUAUUAUUGAUCGUUUUAAGUUUGAUCUGAGGAUUUAUGUGCUUGUGACAUCAUGUGACCCUCUGAGGAUAUUUGUCUAUAAUGAGGGCCUUGCACGCUUUGCUACAUCAGCCUACUCUGACCCCUCACACAGCAAUCUGGAUGACGUCUGCAUGCACCUGACUAAUUAUUCCAUUAACAAGCACAGUACUAGUUUUGUCCGAGAUGAAGAUUCUGGAAGUAAGAGGAAGCUCUCCACCUUUAAUAAGUACAUGCAGAAGCAUAGCUAUGAUACCGACCAGAUGUGGCGGAAUAUAGAAGAUGUUGUUAUUAAAACCCUGAUAUCAGCACAUCCUAUUAUCAAACAUAACUAUCACACUUGCUUCCCCAACCACACUGUGGGUAGCGCUUGCUUUGAAAUAUUAGGAUUUGAUAUUCUGUUGGAUCACAAACUCAAACCCUGGUUGCUUGAGGUGAAUCACUCUCCAAGCUUCACCACUGACUCCUGGUUAGACAAGGAAGUGAAGGACCAGCUGCUAUAUGACACUUUGGUUCUGAUAAAUUUAGGGGCCUGUGACAAGAGAAAAAUCCUAGAAGAAGAGAAACGGCGAGGAAAGGAGAGACUCCUGAAGCAAUGCUCUUCUCAAGAGACCAGGGCUGAGAAGUAUAGAAACUGCCAAGCCACUUGGUUGAAACAAGCUGAGAAAUAUGAGGAGAAAAACCUAGGUGGCUUUCGCAGAAUUUACCCCAAAUCUGAUUUGGACAAAUAUGAUAAGUUUUUCCAGCACAACAAUUCACUCUUUCAGGAGACUGCAGCUUCCAGGGCACGAGAAGAACAUGCUAGGCUGCAGCUACAGGAGCUGCGAAUGAAGCACGAGCAGAAAACAGCCCAUUUGCGAGAGAAGAAGAUAGAGCUGCUGGGGGAGUCUGGGUCUGAGAAGAUAAAGACUUUCAAACAGAAGUUAGUGAGCAGGACAGCUACAGCACAAGGAUUAAGACAGCAUUAUCUUUGUUCAGAGUCAGGACCUGGCACUCCUCUUCUGCGUCAGAGUUUCUCAGGUGAAAAAGAAACAAAGAAAGAAAUAGUUAACGGGGAAUCAAGCAUCCCACAAAAAGAGCACACCAAAACUCACGAGUAUUCAGAUGCACGUGAAAAACAAGCAGUACAGCACUACAGCUCCAUGCCAAACUUGAUAGUGCAGAACUCAACUAGUGCCCCGGACCAGUACAGCUCCAACCCUGACCUGAGGGACCACACAGUACAUGGUCAUCACUCUGCAGCAGAUAUGAACAUAAGAUUAAUACUCCAAACACCAGUGGAUUGUUCCAGGGUAUCUGAUAAUCCAAUUCAUUCCUCUUCAAAGCCUUUCCCAAUAUUGGCUCAGCCUCGGGCUGCAAUCACAACAGCAACUGGCGUGGUUUACUGUGAAAGCACAGUCACUCAGAUUUUGGUGCCAUUUGGAUGCCAGAGAAAGCAACACCAGCCCCAUGUCAGGGAGAACUUGGCCUCAUACUCAAAAGUCCAUAGAUCACACAAAAACUUGUUAGAGCCUGAAAUAGACAAGAAACCUAUCUUGUCAGAAUUCUUCAGCAAACUCAGUUUCGCACCGGGAGAGAAGGCCAUAAUAUUCCCUUUUCGCCACCACCCUCAUCUCAUCAAUAGACCACAAAGUGCUUUCCACUCCAGGAGAAUCCAUCUGAGUAGCAGAAACUCCACAGACAAGAGACAAACGAAACUUCAGAGUGCCCAAACAGUAUUCCAAAAAACAAAUUGUCCCCAGUUCAGCCUUCAAGACCUUUUGGUGAUCUCCACCCCAGGUCGAGUGGACCCGCGACCUAGGAAAAGCAAUACCCUAACUUCAGGGGAUAUUCCGACGGGCAGGGACUGAGCAGAAUGACGGCACUGUUUUGCCUCCUGAAGUCUGGGAGAUGCUCACUCCUGUAGACAAUCUGUUCAUCAGGAACUGACAGAAACAUUUUGUUGUUUCUUUUCAAAUAUACUGAUUGGUGAUUGCCUCCAGUUAUACAGCUUCCAGAGCAUGAAACAGCAAUGUGUGACCAAUAACAUUUGCCUUAAAAAAAAAAAUGUCAGGAGUUUAUGGGUGUCUUGAUGUGAAACUGUUGAACCGGAACUCGAUGUAUAUCUACUCCCUUUGGCAGUGUCUGCUUACUGCCAACUCUUGUUUUGUUUAAUGAAAAAUUCUUUUGUAAGAAGAA